GUAGAUGCGCGCUGUUUGAAAAAGUGUGUUGUAAUAUAAUCUGCUAACAGUAUGUUCAUCAAUAUAUAAGCAAUAAGACAUACAUUUAAUUUUUUAGUCAAGCUUGUGUUUUUGUGAACGUAGCAGUGUUAACGAAUUUUUGAGAUCUGAUUAAGUCUUAUAAAAUCAUUUUUAGAUGACUUUGCUUAUGAUAAGAACUCUAAAUAUGAAAAUUCCUUGUCGGAAACAAAUACUGGCAUUGAUUUGGUGUAUAUCGGAAUGUUUGUUCUUUUCUGGAUACAUUAAUGGUUGGCUUUGGGUGAAACAAAUAGUCAAAGAAGAUGGCUAUUUCAUAGAACCGUGUAAUAUAUCACUAGCUAAAACAGUUAUCAGCAAAGAGCAUGUAGAUAUCUUAAUGAACCAGCCAAUCAGAAUGACGCAUAAUAAAACGAAAUUAAAAUGUUUCUAUAAAAAGGUUGUUAAAGUUGUAAGCCUAGAGGAAUAUGCUAUUUAUGAAAAUAAAAGUAAAAUCUUGAAAAAUACCUUUGAUAAAGGAAACAACAUUACAUUUAGUGGAUUUGAUUGUGAUGAACAAGAAAACAAAUUGGAAUUGAUACACAUUAUAGUUCUGCUAUUUCGAAACAUAACUUUGUUGCCUUUAGGGGUUUUCCUUGAUGCAUAUGGUUCGAGCAAAGCAAGGAUUAUAGCAUUGUGUUGCACAGCCUUUGGUUCAUUAACGAUGCUGUUUUCAAGCAAUACAUAUCCUUGGCUGAUUUUACCAGCUUUAUUGAUGCUUGGUGUUGCCGGAAUGCUGAUAUUGUUGACGGACCUGCAGGUGGCUAAUUUGUUUGGAUCACGACGUUAUACCGUGAUGUCCGUUUUUGUCGGAGCUUAUUUCUCUGGAGGCAUUGUUAUAUUCUUCAUGAAGUUGACGAAGGCCACAGGAGUAAGUCUUCAGACAUCUUUCAUGUUUACAACGAUUGGUAUUGUACCCGUCCUGAUAUCAACAAUUGCCAUGUUACCAAGGUCAAGGAUUCCAUGGCCGUUACCGGCUGAAUACGGUAAGAACAGACGUGUCAAUCACGCAGAAGAUAAACACGCAAAGACUAAAGCUUGGCAAAGGCGAACAUCAGUUGGCACCAAGAAAAAGCACGAUUUGUCUGAGUUUUGGGGGAUAAUUAAAACAAAAUUAUACAUUUUCUGUAUAAUUUGGUACUCGCUGCUUACUCUUAAAAUAUGGAUGUAUGACAUGACAGUCGAUAGACAACUUUCACAUAUUGGUGUCAUAGAUACUGAUAAAUAUGUAUCGCUUUAUGCCUUGAUACUUCUGCUUAGUUUACCAAUAUCUCCUUUGUUUGGUAUAGUAAUGGACUGGAACAAGAAACAAGUAACAGCACAUCACCAUAUCCUUCAGAUGAAAAACAUAUUCUAUGCAGUCAGUAUUCAUUUCUGUAUUGCUUUGCUUAGCAGUGUGACGUCAUUAUUUUCAAAUAUCCAUGUUCAAGUGCUUUCAUUCAUCUUUGUUGCCAUGGAAAAAGUUGCUCUUCACGCAACUUUGUAUGCCUUUUUAACUCAUGUACAUUUUCCCAGCGAGCAUUUUGGUAAACUAGUUGGAAUAGUAAUAGGCUGUUCUGGUAUUACCCUUAUCCUCCAAUUUCCAUUAAAACUGUUACUUCAUCAAGGAUCGUCGGACAACACAUUUUACGUGCACAUUGUUCUACUUGUUAUUGUCGUGGUAUCAGGAUGUCAUCCCCUGUCCCUCUGGUACCACUGUAGGACAGGGGGUAUAAAUAACAGUGCAGAGAUGACGGAACAAGAACGGCCAUUAACUAUCGUUCUUAUGGAAAACAUAAUGAAAAAGCAGGAUAAUAGUAAUGAUGAAAAUAAAACAGAUCAGGCUGAUAAACUUACUGAAGCAGAGUCGGCUAAACUUCAGAUUACAGAUCUCUAGGAAUAUUGACAUGGAUUAUUCAUUCUCCUUAGUGAUGACAUAAACUAUGACUGUAAAGAUUAGCAGAAAGAAGUGUCAAAAGUGUUUUGUUUUAGAUAUAAGUAAUGAAAUCGAAAACAAAAUACAAAAAGGUUUGUUUGGAAAGCUAUUUAGUAUGAUGUUUUAUUUAAAUGGAUUAUUGUUGUUUCAAACAAACUCUAUUGAUGGGUACAUUCAACAUCUUAAGACAAAACAAUAUAAGAUACAAGUGUAGACCUAUAAAAAGUGUUCAAAACCCGUCCAUUUUAUUUUUUUUUUUUUUGAAAUCAUAAACACAUUUUGUUUGUUUUAAAAUAUGUAAUGAUAAAUUUUGUUUAAAAACAGACAAACAGACAAUAUCUGGAUGAAGUACAACAGAAGUUAGUAUCAUAAUGUAACAAACUUGAACGAAAUUUAAUUUUCUUACGUUAAUCAUCAAUAAGCCAAACAAAACAAUUUGUCAAAAAUAUACAAACAAUUCUGUCAUUCUAUUAGAAACGGGAAAUAUUUUAAGUGGCAACAAAAGUGAGCUUAUUUAUAUUUUACACAAUGCAUUCCCAGUUUGCACCUAGAUUGUGAAUAAGUUUACAAUUUGAAAAAGUACUUUAGAUAUAUUUUGCUUAAGUUUGAUUUGUAAACACAUGCUAUUUUACUUGUCCAUAUGUCGUUGUUUUAAUAGUGUCUUUUCUCUAACAAAUAUUAUUCAACACAAUACAUAGAACAGUCACAGUGUUUUUUUUUUUUAAAUCAUCGUGAAUUUAUUUUAACACCAUGCUGCAGAAUGUUUGAAAUAGAUUAUGAACUGUCAGAACAUCAAUCAUAUCGUCUAAAUUAGAGGUAAUGAAGAAAAGACGUAAAUGCCACUGGGAAAGAGAUUGAUAGAACAACAAACUAUUUUGUAUGGGUACGUUGGCAGUGAAGAAAUCUAUGAAAUGUACACAAUUAUUCUGAUAUCUGCGGUUGAUUCUAACAUGAAGGAUGGUCCAAUGAUGCCAUCUUAAGAUAUAAUUAUCCCGAGAAUAAAGUGAGAGGCUACGAAUGUUUAUAUGAGAGCACAUAUAACGUCGCGUAACAAAGCAAAACAUGUCAUCAAACGGUAAUUAAAGGAUUCCACCCCCCACUCACCAAUGAAAUUAUAAUAUCUAAAAAGAGGACACAUUUAUAGAAGGAAUCUAUUCCACUCGAAAACUUGAUAUCUUUACAAAUAAAAUGCUGGUAUAGAAUGGGAAAUAUUUAUCAUUCGAAAAGGACACUUUUCUUGCGUGAGUUGAACCUAAUAGUCAACUACUGAAUUUUUUAAAAAUUCUAUUGUAAAAUUUUUGCAUGCUAAAAAAGAAUAUUUUUACGUAGGAAUGUAUACAUAUGAAAAUAUCCGUACAUCAUUCAUUAGUCAUAGGUUCUAGUUCACCAGAUAUUUCAAGUACACAUACUUAAAACUCAUUUGUAAAAAAAUUUUAAUCAUACAACAUUAAAAGGUAAUGUUUAAUUGUAAUACAGAUUACGUUUUUAUAUUUAGAAUAUUG